AUGACUGCACCGAUUGAUUUAUUAAAAUUUAUUCAUAAACAAAACUUACAAGAUAUUUAUCCUAACCUAGAAAUAGCGUUAAGAAUAUUUCUCACUAUUCCAGUAACAACUGCUAGUUGUGAAAGAAGUUUUAGUAAACUUAAACUAAUGAAAAAAUACUUAAGAUCAACUAUUGGACAAGAGAGACUAACAAGCAUGGCAAUUUUAUCCAUAGAACAUGAAUUUGCUAGACAAAUUUCAAAUGACGAAAUUAUCGAUGAAUUCUCUAGCCUUAAAGCAAGAAAAGAAAAUUUUUAA